AUGAGGCUGCCAGUCCUUUUAGGCGCGGUUGCCCUGGUGUGGUGUUGCACGCGUGUCGGGGUCGCGCUGGAGCUGGGGCAUACCGUAACCACAAUAAAUACACCGGACGCAAGUACACUGAAUAUUGAAGUGGAGAAGGACAAGAAAAAAAUAUGCCAGAAUGCAUGUCUCUAUAUAAACGUAGCAGAACUGUUGUCACAAAAUGAACAAAAGUCUUACGUGCAGAAAUGUGAAGAAAUGCUUGAAAAGUUAAAGAAUGAUAAUCCAGAUGAAGCAGCAGAGGCAGAAAUAAAUGAAUUUGUAUUAACUUUAUUACAUGCCCGUUCUAAUUAUGCAAUAAUAAAUGAAUCAGAUGAACAAGUAUUGAGCAAGCUCCUGAGAAGUCUCCAUGGGUCAAUCAGUGAAGACAGUGCAUUGAAGAGAGUAAAGCAUUUAAUUUUAUUUAACAAAUUUAUAAAGGAUAAAACAAAUAUACAAAGCGUACAGGAAAUGUUAGUACUAAGUAGUAAAGCAGAUGAAUCUAUGAAUGAACCGAAGCAAAAAAUGAUUCAGAAUAUUGUGAACUCAUUUAAAUUGUUUGGUGAAUACCUAAUCCUUUGGGGUCCUCAUAUUAGAUUGUCUAAGAUGCAUGUUUCUGAAACAUUUUUAUCCAUUAAGGAUAAUAAAUUCUGUACAGACUAUAUUCAUCUGUGCCAAAAGUUUUAUGAACAAUCCAUAAUUUAUUACAGACUGAAAGUCGUGUUUGAAAAUAUGCUGACAUAUGUGGAUCAGAAUUCUAAACAUCUUAAGAAAGAUAAAUUGUUAGAACUGCUAGAUAUGGAGAAAGACAUUAAUAAUGAAGCCAAGAUACACCAUAAUUAUGUUUUAGAAGAUGAGACAGUCAUCCCGAUGCUGCAUCUUGUGGACAUACAAGGAGGAACUAAGUUACUCGUUAAGGUGGUUCAGGAUGGCAACAGCAAACUUAUGCAUGGCAAAGAUAUUGACAUGAAGGAGGUUAAGGACAAGUACGUUGUUACAAUGAAGAACCUGCGCAGGGAAAUUAAGGAGGAGGGGGUUUACGCCGACUUGAUGAAGACAAUUAAGAACUACAUCCUCUCCAUCACGCAGAUCGACAACGACAUUUCCAACCUCGUGCGCCAGCUGGACUACGAGGACGUGGAGAAGUUCGUCAUCGACCUGAACUUCUUCCUCUACUAUGGUUUCCUCAAAAUAGAAGAAGACAAAAACAUGAUCACCUUCAACGACGUGUCGCCCACCUUCACCAAUCUGUACAGAGCCAACCACAUCAUCUUCCUCUACCUCCUAAAGACAGGCUUUGAGGAAAACAAAAACUCAGAGUAUCUGGCCUUCAAAUUCUACAAAAACAUAGGAUAUAAAAAAGUACCCAAUGACCACGCCUACGCCUUGUUCAAUGCAAAAGGGGCUCUCACCAGCCUACCAAAAAUUGCCCCCGAUGUAAUGAAUGAGCAUUUUCUAAACAUCUUCCCAAGCAUCCCGGAUACCUAUCAGCCCCAAAAGCCAGACGUACUAAAAUUUCAAUUAUUCUUUACUAUGGCUUUUAAGGACUGCAACAUUAACCAGGCCUACUCUGCCAAUUCGAAGGAACUCUGGAGUGAGCUGCUCUACGCCUUUGACCACUUUGGAUGGUUCUACGUCGCCCCACAGAGUAUCAUUUAUGAUCUUUCCAAAACGAGCUUCGUCAGGCAAAUGCUGAUCAGCCGAAACUUCAUCCUGAGGAACACUGAAGCAUUGACCCUGUUGGAUACCCAAGUGGCGAAACUGAUGGACCUGAUCCACCUGUCCCUGGGUGUAGAUAAAUCAAAACACGCACUAGACUUUUCCAUCACGAGCAAUUUUUUCCAUUACGAAAAUGAUUAUAACGCUUGGAAGAACAAUAAUAAAAAGAGACUCAUGUACACAUAUGAUUAUAUAGAUUCCAUUGCUAACAACUACUACUUCUACAGUGACGUGAAAUAUCAGGUGUUCAAAACUGAGUACGAGAACAGAUUCUUCAUGUCGUUUCCUAAUGUGUACAGUCUUGCGUAUCAGCUGUUCAAUGAGCUCGCCAUCAACAUGAACGUGGUAACGAACGCACCUCUAAAGAAGAAGCUCAAGGACAAGUCCAAGUACGCCUGGUUCACUUUGCUUAACAUCAUUGGCAAGAACCACGACAUUUACUCCAAGGGUCCUCGUCUGGUCUUCGCGGCCUACAUGUUGGCGCUAGUCUACUUUAUCGAGUCCCAUAUUGACAUAUCGCGAUACCAGCCAAAGGAGUACUUUUUCAUGAAGCAGUCGAUGCCCCUAAUUGACAACGUACACAAGAGCGGCUUCACUAUGCUGAAGAAGAGGUGUGAGAUGCUAAUUAAUUUCAUGAAGAUAAACAAGACGCCUCAGAAGCACCAACAUACGAACAUGGAGGAGUACAUUAAGCUCAUGAAUUUAACUGCUAUCGUUUUGUGGGGAAAGGAGAGUAAAAAAUCUGUGUACUACGACGAAGACGUUAGUUUGUACAAGAAGCUGAUGAUUGCCUGUGUGUUCAAUGGAGGCAAAACCGUGCAGGAGAAGGCUAUUGAGAGCAUCAACAAGUCUUGUGACGUAAAGUUUUACGGACUGAACCCAAACAAGCUAGACGAGUUCAUUGACAUUAACAUGAGUAUUAACAAAUGGAACCCCAUGAUAUUGGAAAAGCAAGCGCAGUCCUUUGUCCUGAGUUGCAAGGCGCAAAAGUUAAUGUAUAACAAUAUUAACGUGGAGAAAAUCAAAUUAGAAGAUUUUUACAAAUUGGCAGAUGCACCAGAGAUGAUCAAGACAUACCAUUGUUUCAAAUUAGGAAGACAAGCUGCAUCUUUAUUAGAAUCCAUAAUUCUAAAAAAAAAGUUUGUUAGGUUUAGAGUUAAGGAUGCCAUGGACGUGUAUGAUUUUUUCUACAUAAAUAAAGUGCUCUCCAACAAUGUCCGCCAUGAUUUCGAAGUGUUUCUUAAAGACAAACAGGCCUAUGAAAAGACUCAAAACGAAAUUAUAAUCUCCAACAGUCCGCUCGGCCCAGAGAAGACCAAGAAGCUCAUUGACGAGCACCAGUGCUACUGGUUCAGCAGCUACGACAACUUUAAAGUGUUGUGGAUGCACGUCUCGAGUAACAUGGGAACCGGAACGUACUUAAAAAACUUUUUCUCGGAGAUAUGGCGAAACCUGCAUUUCUUAUUCAAGAAGAAGGCUACGGUGAAGGAUGUAGAAUUUUUCGCAGGAGACCUGUCCCAAAUGAAUUUGAUCGACUACUACUCGCCACUGGUCCACUCAGAAUCCCACUGCCAAGAGAAAAUGCAAUCCCUGUUUAUAUCCCUAAGAGAUAAUGAUGAGCAGAACCGUAUGGACAUUCCAGACAAAAUUAAGAAGGCCUACUUUCAGUGUAAAUUGGACUACUACAAAAAUAAUCACACAGAUAAAACGCACUUAAUUAAAUCGAGGGACUUCCUAGACAAGAGGGUAUACGUUCUGAAGCAGCCCUAUUACCUCAUCAGCAACAUUGACAAUACACAUAACAAUAAAUUGCUGCGACUGUUUGUGACGGAAAGCACACUAGAUUAUCUUCUACUAGAUAAUAUAAGCAUCCCUGAGUGCUUCGGACGAUGUACCAUAGAUCAUUUUAAUAAGGUUUUACUUCAACCAGAAAAAACAAACAAACGAGACGAAGUAAUAAAAAAUGCAUUAAUCCCUGAGAACACCGUAUCUCAGAAGAGGAAAGAAAUGACUGUGUAUGUUAGCAACUUGUAUGUACAUAAUAUAAAGACCGAUUACUUAACUAAGGAAGAAAUUACCCGAAAGGACAUUGAGGAUAAUAAUGUGAAAGUCUGCUUAGGAGUGGGUACCUACUACAAUGAAAACUUCCUCACCAAUGAACAUUUCAAUUUGAGUUACAAACCCGUGUUGGAUUUUGGCCCUGAGCAUAAUUUUAAAGUCUUCCUCAAGAAAAAUGAAUCUGAGCUCUCCAAAAGUGAAAACGACAUUUGCUUUGUCAACUACAACUUAGCCAUAACAAAUAUAGAAAUCACCGACCCGUACCGCGAAAUCAGCGAAGAUUUGAUAAAAAAUUUGUACAUCUUAAAAAAUAAAUAA